AUGUCUAACCGCCAACUCGCCCGCGACAUGCAAGUCGAGUUCCAAGCCCGCUUCCAGGCGAAACAGGCCCGGCGCGAGGCCCAAAAGGCCGCCAAGCAGGAUCCCAUCCUCAAGAAGCAGAUCCAGGACCUGCUCAAGAAGGGCGAGACGCAAAAGGCCUACCAAAAGGCAAAGAUGCUGCUCUCCAAGCAGGCGCUCGCCGCCCAGAUGGACCAGAUGGCCGACAUGGCCGAGCUCUCGUCCGCCCAGAUCCAGGCCAACAACGCCAUGAACCGGAUGACGCACAUGAUGGCCUCGUCGUCGCGCACCAUGAACCUGGCCCAGAAGAAUACCAAUCCCGAAAAGACCCUCGUUACCCUGGAACAGUUCAAGCAGCAAAACGAAGAAUACGCCAUGACAAACGGCAUCUACCAGGACGCCAUCACCCAGUCCACCUCGGUCCAAGUCGGCGAGGACGCCGUCCACGAACUCCUCGGCAAGCUCGCCGACGACGCCGGCCUGGAACUCAGCUUCGAGCUCAACAAGGCGACGCCCGAAACCGCCGAGCCGCAGACGGCGGAGCCCACGGCCGAGGAGGAGGACAAGCUGCAGCAGAGGCUGCGUGCUCUGCGUGCUUAG